ACAUCUUCUCUUUUCGCUUUUCUUUUACAUUACACGACAAGACUUUCCACUCCGACUUUGAAUCGACCCUCGGAAAUACUAGAUCCUUUGAUUCGAAGCUAUCGCAUUGCAGACUAGUUCUCGAACACCCUUACUAGUGCUUUCGACCUCCCAAUACUCACUUUCUUUCCCUACCUUCACGCGGACAUUCACAAUUAAACUCCCAUCAUGGGUUUUGGUCCAAUCCACUGCGGGUCAUUUUUGCUGUUAUCAGCGGCUGUGCUCUUACUAGUUGCAACCAUUUCUGCACCCGUCAUAGACCAUAUAUCCUUCCUUGAUAUCACGACAGGAUCAUCAAAAGCAACAUUUGGUGUCUUUGGAUAUUGCUCAAAUAUCAUUGGCUCAGAUACAUGUAGUCAAAGACAAAUCGGCUAUGAUAUCGCCGAUGUGACUGGUAACCUCACUGAUUAUACCUAUGUCAACAACUCUCUUGAAAAUGUUACGAAAGCCUUCAUCCUUCACCCCAUUGCAUGUGGUAUCGCCUUCCUAUCUUUCCUCAUCGCUCUCUGCUCAGAUCGUCUCGGUUUCCUGUUCGCCGCUUUUAUUGCUCUCUUGGCAUUCAUCGUCUCCCUCGUCGCGAUGAUCAUCGACUUUGUUGUCUUUGGACUUGUCAAGCAUGAAAUCAAUAAGAAUACCAGUGCGGACGCAGACUUCGCAGCCGCUAUCUGGUUGGUGUUGGCAGCCACGAUCAUCUUGUUCUUCUCAACAUUUGUGGUGUGCUUCUCUUGCUGCACUAACAGGAGGAGGGUGCGGGAUAGGGAGUAUCAGGCGGGGCCAAUGAGUGAAAAGAGGUGGUGGCAUCGGGCGUAAGAAGGGAAUCUCGGUUUUGAUAGAUCGUCGCGUUAUGAUAUGUAUCUAAUAUAUUUCGAUGUCACCGUCUGUAUUUGACGGGCUUUAUUAUGCGAAUCAAAGUGCCAGAU